AUGGAUUUCUUGGAUGAAAACUGUGUUUCUUCAGUUAGAAUCUCCAUUCUUGUGAACGGUUCACCAACUAGCGAAUUCUCACCACAAAGAGGUCUUAGACAGGGCAACCCGUUCUCACCUUUUCUGUUCGAUACUGUGUUUGAAGGUCUUAACAUUCUUUUGGUCAGAGCAAUUAAUCUUGGCAUUCUUAGAGGAGUGCUCGUUGGGUCUAAGGAUGUCAUUUUGUCUCAUCUACAAUUUGCGGAUGAUUCAAUUAUCUUUUCUAAAGCAGAUUGGGAUCAGAUGGUGCUUAUUAAAAGAAUUCUAAGAUGCUUUGAAGUUUUAUCUGGUCUUAGAAUAAAUUAUCACAAAAGUGUGGUGUAUGGUAUUGGUGUGGAUGAUGCUCUCUUGCUCUCCUUUGCCAAACUCCUCAACUGUCAAGUUCAUAGCCUACCUCUGAGAUUUCUGGAUCUACCUCUUGGAGCCAACCCCGGCAGAAAAUCUACAUGGAAACCUGUGCUUGACAAAACCUGA